AUGGCGGUUGACUUAGGGGACCCCGCCAGCGGGUUCCGCCACACUGAGGUGAUCAGGUUCAUCAACGAUGAAGUCCUCAUGAACGGCGGCGGCCCAGAUUUCUACGCGGCCUUCCGCUCGCGGCCCUGGAAUGAGGUAGAGGACCGGCUCCAGGCGGUCCUGGCCGACCCACAGGUGCCGCACGCCAUCAAGAGAGCCUGUACGUGGAGCGCGCUCGCCUUGAGUGUGCGCGUGGGCGCCAGGCAGCGGGAGCAGCAGGGGCACUGGGUCCAGCGACUUCAGGACCAACUGAAUGAGCGCAAGAUGGCUGCCCGGGGCAUGGCUUCCGAGCUACAGUGGCUGCGCAUGGAGCGCGAGUCGGCAAUCUCACGACUGAGAUCCUCACAGGCUGCCUUGCAGCAGGCUCUGAGGGAGCUUGAUGUGCUUCAUGGGCGGCUGCUCCAGAUGGAGAGGUCAUCCCAGUUCAUCCCGUGGGCCCAUGAAAUAGUGCCUGGGCCUCCAGCCGAGCAACUUGGAGCUGUAGCAUGGCCCUGGAAUGCAGAGCAGCAGAGAGAUGCGGUUGCCAUGGGGUCGCAUGCCCCACCAGCUGUUCUUUACAUGCCAGGACCCCCAAGUCCCUGGGCUCAGGCCGUACAGCCCCCUCUGCCAGUGCCUGUGCAGUACUUGCCUUCAUUCCAUGCACCAUUCCCAGUGGGAGUCCCAAUCUUGCCACCUCCGCCACCAGCAGUGGUCAUGGAUGCAGAGGCUACAGUAGUUCCACAUCAGAUGCCUCCUCCAAGGGUCGACCAACCUGGUCCAAGUGCUGCAGUGGGCUACCAAGAGGUGAUGGCCCCACUGUGUGACCAGCAGAGCUACAGCCAGGAGGAAGAUCCUGCCAUCCACCAGAGUACAGCCCCCCUGAGGGACACCAGAAGCCUUAGCCAAGAAGGUCCAGAGAGGCUUCAGGGGAUGGUUCCUGUUAGGGAUAGCUGGAGCCAGAGCCAGGAAGAAGGUCCAGAGUGGGCCCAGGGGACGGUUUCUGUUGAAGAUAGCUGGAGCGAGAGCCCGAAAAAAAGUCCAAAGUGGGCCCAGGGGAUGGUUUCUGUUGAGGAUAGCUGGAAUCAGAGCCAGGAAGAAAGUCCAGAGAAUGCCCAAGGAAUGGUCCCCCUUGGGGACAGCUGGAGCCAGAGCCAGGAAGAAGGUCCAGAGUGGGCCCAGGGGGUGGUACUCCUUGAUAACCGGGGCCAGAUCCGGGAAGAAGGUCCAGAGAAUCCUCAGGGGAUGGUUCCCCUUGGGGAUAGCUGGAGCCUCAGCCAGGAAGAAGGUUCAGAGAAAUCCCAGGAAACGGUUGCCCUUGGUGCCAGCAGGAUGAACAGCCAGGAAGAAGAUCCAGAGAGACGCCGGGAGAUGGUACCUCUGGGGGCCAAAGGGAGACACAGUCAGGAAGAUCCAGACAGGCCUCAGGAGAUGGUACCCCUGGGAGUCAGUGGGAACCACAGCCAGAAAGAAUGUCCCAAAAGACCCCAAGGGAUGGCCCCCCUUGUUGCCAGCAGAAGCAAUAGCCAGGAAGAAGAUCUAGACAGGCCUCAGGAGAUGCUAUCCUUGGGGGCCAGUGGAAACUAUAGCCAGGAGGAAGGUCCAGAGAGGUACCCCUUGGGGUUUAGGGGGAGCCACAGCCUGGAAGAAGGUUUACAGAGGCCCCAGGCGAACCUCCUGGGGGACAGCCGGAGCUGUGGUGUGAGGGAAAGGCCAGUGAAACAGCAGCCUCAAGGGCAGAAGGCCAAGCAACCAAAAAGGAAAAAAGCUUUGGAUUUCCGGCACCAGGAGAAGUCGGCCUCAGGCUGCAGGCCAGUGAAUUGGGAGUGCCCAUGGUGUAAAGCCAUGAAUUUUUCACGGUGCAAGACCUGCUAUAAAUGCAAGAAAGUCUGUGUGGAAGUUGAGAGUAGAGGCCUGGACUCAGGACAAACUCACUGA